GCCCCCGAGCGACACCGCUACGACCAUCCCCAGAGGUCCUUCACACAAUCCAUGCGGAGCCUCCGGCCCGACAAGCCCUGGACCACCAAGUUGAGCAGCGCCGGGUUGGUCUAUUGCCACUUUGGCUCCCAAAUUGUGACAGUGCUCUACGAUAAGCUGUACGAGAACUUUGUGGAGGAGAUCGACGCCAUUGACAACGGCAUCGCGCAGGCGGAGGGGGAGCCCCGCUACGCCCUCACCACCACCCUGAGCGCGCGCGUGGGCCGCCUGAACCCCCGCUGGAACGACCCCGACCAGGACACAGAGGCUGGCUUCAAGCGGGCGAUGGAGCUGGUGGGGGGCGAGUUCAUGGAGCAACUGGACUACUAUCACCGUGCCUGGCUGCCCGCGCGGGCGCUGGUGGAGGCGGCCGUGCAGCGACGCUUCGAGGUAACGGCCGCGGCUGUGCCA